CCAUUAAGAACUUUUUAAAUUUUAAUAAUCGUUUAUAAAUUCAUAUUUCAUGCGUCAUGUUUGACAUUUUGAACAGCUGUCAGUUUUUUUAUCAUAUGGCGGGAAACUUAGCAUUUCAGGUAAUAAACCUUCAAUUGUGAAAAUAGAGAAAAAGGUUUAGUAAUUCGAAUGAUUUGUUUACAAUGGAGGAAAAUGAUGCUGAAUUAAAAAAAUCUUUAGAUGGACGAUUACAGAAUAUUUUAGAGCACUUUUCAAAAUGUAAAAAGACCUUUAUAAACGAAGGUGAGGAAUGCAAAAAUCUUAGAGAAGUAAAUACAAGGUUACUAAUAGAAUUAAAGGAAGCAAGGGAGUUAGAAAAAUCUCACCGAUAUCACUUAAUGUCAUCGCGUGAAAUGAUUGCCAAUUUGCAGAAGACAGUUUCACACUUGGUUUAUCUUAAACGUGAUGUGAAAAAGAUUAAAGAUGAAUUAGUUUCUAAAGAUUCUAUUAUUGAUACAUUGGAAAAGGAAAUAGACAAUGUUUCGAGGAAACACAACGAAGUGUUAAUAGGAUUACGAGCCGCACACGACCAAGAAAUGAAGGAUUUGACGCAGAAUAACGACAGGAGAGCUCAACAGGUGCAAAUAGAUUUCGAUACGCGAAUCGCUCAACUGACGUUCGUCGCCGAAGAAUUGCGCAACAGGAUCGAAGAAAUACAAAACGAUCAUCGAGAGAGAAUGAAUGCGGUGGUGCUGGAUUACGAGGAGAAGUUCCAGCACCAGGUGCGGCUCCAGGAGCGAGCCACGAAAGAGGCCGAAGCCUCUCGGGCCCAUUUCCAUGCUUAUCAGAGGAAAUUAGAAAUCCUAGAAGAGAAAGUUAAACAAAGCCAGUUCAAGGAAUUCGUAGCUCAGAACAUAUACUCUCCAGAACGCGAGAGUAGAGUGGAACGGCCCUAUUCCGUCGAAACGAAUGCGACGUAUGGGUACAAUGCACCCGGCCCCCUCACGGCACAGGCUACACAUUCGGGGAAGGGGUCCGAACCGAACGAGAAGAAGGGCCCGUUCAACAUCAUUAAGAAGAGGAAGCUGUACACCGAGAAGGGCUUUUUGAACAUGUAA